AUGAUCUUUCGUUUUAAGCCACACGCGAUGGACCGGAUCAGGCAACAGGUGGAUACGAUCGUACGCUUCCUAGCAUCGAACAUGGAAUUUAUCAACUGCCAUAUGGUGGAUUAUCUCACCGAACAGCACUGGCAACGGUUUGUACCGGUAGCGAUACAGCAAGAGUUACGAACGGCUAAAGAUUAUCUGGAGGCGAAGGAAGUAUUCUGGGGUCAGUUCGAGCCAGGGUUGCAGAAUGAGAGUCGUUUUCCGAGCGUAAAUGCAUUUAUCGCUAACACACGCCGCUAUCGAUUGGGAGGAAGCGCGGUGCUAGGCACGGCACUUACACUGGACGAGUUUAAAGAUGCGCUUUCGGAUCAUCGCAAGGAAACGAGGUUGAAUAUGACUGAAUUGAUGAAUGUUAAAAAGCGCCACGAGGUGGAGGUAGCAGCUGCUGCCGUUGCUUCCCUCUGCACGGCUAUGGCAGCGGGCAGUUCCACUACCAAGCUGGAAGACAUUUUGGUUAUUGAUGCGGGCGAUGGGAAAGGCUAUUUGUCGUCUAGGAUUGCUUUGGAACACGGCAUCAAAGUGCUUGGCGUGGAUUGUAAUGAAGAAAAUACAAGCAAUGCAGAGAAGCGUCUUGAACGUCUGAAGAACAAAAUUCCGAAAGCGGUUCGGAAGUCGAACCUGGAGGAGGAUGAAUAUUUCAACAACUUAGUAAAGAAGGAUUCACUAAACACACUCUACCGGACGGCCACCCAGCUGAUCGAUUUCAACACAAACUUGAUCGAGUUGGCCACCGUCUACUUUCCCGAGGGUAAUCACAGCACGUUCUGUCUGUGCGGCUUGCACACGUGUGGUAAUUUGGGGCCCAACUGCCUACGUUUGUUUCACCAGAAUCCCACCAUUAAGGGUAUCUGUAACGUUGGCUGCUGUUACCAUCUGAUGCAGGAACAGUUCAUUGUGGAUGAGUUUUACAACCCGACGAAAGUUUCCGACAAUCCUGGAUAUGGGUUCCCGAUGAGCAGCUAUCUACAGGGUCGUUCCUUUUCCCUUGGACGUAAUGCGCGCAACUUAGCAGCAGAAUCGAUCGAACGGGCAUGUACGAAUCGUGAAAAUCCUAGCGACAAGCUGGGCUAUCGAGCCUUGCUGCAGGUAGUGUUUCUAGAGCGUGGUGAGAAAAAAUCCCACCAAGUCGGAAGGCUCAAGUGUUAUGGGUUUGUGGACUACGUAAGAAAAUCCAUUCGACGGUUAGGGCUGACGGAAAGCGUGACGGUAACGGACGACUGUUUGUUGGAGCUGGUAGGCCGGUUCAGCGUCGAAUUGGAACAGUUGAAAGUGUUUUACCUUGUAAGGCAACAGUUUGCACCGGUAAUUGAAACGUUAAUCCUAUUGGAUCGCCUGCUGUACCUGAGGGAGUGUGGAUAUGAUCGUAGCUUUUUGGUGCAAUUGUUCGAACCGGUCGUGUCUCCACGUUGUUACGCUUUAAUAGCACUGAAAUAG